CACUGAGGGGCGGAAGCGGGGAGGCGGGGCUAGGCCCGACAAGGGAGCGGAAGAGGCCCAGGCGGCUGGGUGAGGCGCUGAGACGGUUUAGCGUUGAGUCCUUGGCCAGGCGCGGCCAAAAGCCCCGCAACCCGGGAGACGCCAAAACAAACCGGAGGACUUGGGAUUCCGGAGCAGUUGCCGCUGCCGCUGCUUCUGCCGCCGUGCACGCCACCGACCCGCCGCCGGAGGACUCGGCCCUGAAAGGCCUGUAGGCCUAGGCGCGGCCCGCGGAGCCAGACGUGUUGCUGCCGUGAGUAAAACGAGCGCCCUCUCCGCAGUCGUUUACGAAUUAAAAUGGAGGAAAUUUCGUUGGCCAACCUGGAUACUAACAAGCUAGAGGCCAUCGCUCAGGAGAUUUACGUAGACCUGAUAGAGGAUUCUUGUUUGGGAUUCUGCUUUGAGGUGCACCGGGCAGUCAAGUGUGGCUACUUCUACCUGGAGUUCGCAGAGACUGGUAGCGUGAAGGAUUUUGGCAUUCAGCCAGUGGAAGACAAAGGAGCGUGCCGUCUCCCGCUUUGCUCCCUUCCGGGAGAACCUGGGAAUGGGCCUGAUCAGCAGCUGCAGCGCUCACCUCCGGAAUUCCAGUAGCUGCAAAAUGAGAUUCUGAGAGUGGCCAGGACAAUAACAUAGACUGGUCCUGUGGCUUGAGGAGUAAGCUAAGUAGAAAAAAGUAG